CAGCGUCACAGCGGAGGCUGCUGAUAGCUGGUUAGCGUUAGCAUUUAGCCACUCGGUUUGUAAACAAUGCGACAGCGGAGGGUUCCGGUUGACACGGAAACAAACAAUCCGGAGCACAAACUGAAAGAAGUGGGUUUGCUGGUUUGCUGCAGUUUCACUGAGGCCCCUGUCUCUUAUGGAGUCACUCAACACGUUUGAGUCUGAGAUGGAGGCUGAUGGUCAGGGCAGCUACUCUCUGUUUCCUGCUCUGGACAGCAUUGCGAGUCUGUCUGGGACCGCUGAAGCUUUGGAGAGCGAACCACCUAGUGAAAUUGCAGAGAAGCCAAACCUCACAUGGCUCGAUGCUGCACAGAUUGUGUUGGAAGAAGCUGGACGUCCCAUGCACAUAAAAGAGAUUAAACAGAGAAUCAUCGACAGGGGGCUCGUUCAAUCCAAUGCAAAGUCGAGCCUGGAGGCUGUCAUGUACCGUGAGACACAAAAGGGCAGCAGGAGAUUCAAGAGGAUUGAGAACAGAAACGGAGUCUUUGCACUGCUGACUGAUGAGGAGCGGCAGCAGGCCCUUCAGGCCUUCACUGCCCAGUCUUUCCUCGGCUCUCCGCAGCAGAAUACCAUCUCCAGCUCUGGCUCAGGUGCCUCGGCGCCCGCCUUCCCCUCCCCCACCAGUUCCUCAGAGCAUAAGACCAAGAUGAAGAGAGGUCCACGGAAAAACCAGAACGAAAAGUACCGCCUGAAGUACCUUAGACUGCGCAAGGCUGCCCGAGCCAUGAUAUUUGAGAAUGCCGCUCUCUGUGAUGAAGUUGCCCACUUAGAAGAGAAGUUUCUGAGGGCAAAGGAGGAGCGGAGGUUUUUACUGAAGUCACUGUUGCAGUACCAGUCUUUGUCAGAGGGGGAGAUUCUGCCAGCGCCUAGCUCAAGCUCUCAUCCACCUGUGCCGCCUGUGGCAUUAGCCUCAGGUCCUGCAGGGGCUUCAGGCCUGUCUGGGGGGCAUAACUUGGGGUCAAUGGUGUCAAUAGGGGAGGACGGACCUCUUAAAAAACCAAAGAAGGAAAGGAAAGAGCGAGGCAGGGAAAAUGGAAAGGAGGAAUUUCCAAAGAAGAUGUCUAAGAAGAGAAAACUAGCAGAUGGGUCUCGGAAGCUGGUGCAACCCAUCCCUCUGGACUCAUCUGGUCGUCCCGUAUUUCCCAUCGUACUGGGAGGUUUAACAGUCUACAGCCUGGGAGAGAUCAUCACAGACAGGACGUUGUUCCACGAUGAGUGUGCCAUCUACCCAGUGGGCUUCUGCAGCACGCGAGUCUUUGCCAGCAUGAAAAGCCCCGACCAGCAGUGCCUCUACACCUGCCAAAUCAAGGAUGGGGGAACAGGUCCACAGUUUGAGAUUGUGCCUGAAGAAGACCCUCAGAAUGCCAUCGUGGCCUCCUCUGCCCUGACAUGCCACUCCAAUCUGCUGAAAGCCAUUGCAUCUGUCAGUACCAAGUCUGUGGCGCCCAUCGUGCCAUCAGGAGCUGACUUCUUUGGCUUCUCACACCCCACCAUCCAGAAUCUCAUCCAGAGUUGUCCCGGGGCACGCAAAUGUAGCAACUACAGGUGGAUACGUUUCGAGGUGUGCCGCCCUGGUGAUGGCCAGGUUCCUCACAGCCUAUCAGAGGACGAUGCCUCUGUCAACUUUGAGGCCUACCAGAGACACCGGGGCUUUGAUGAGAACAUCAAGACGGAGCACAUGACAGGACAGACACCGCAGUCUCCCAGCUCCUCUCAUCAGCACCACCUGACCAGCUCCACCAUAAAGCCCUCUACCUCAUAUUUCAGCUCCUGAUUCUAAAAGCGCCGCUGAAUUCAAGGUCACACAGUAUCCUUGUGAACUUUUAUUCCUACAAUGGCCUACAAUGUUUGGGUUUUUUUCUCUCCUAUUUUUCCUUCCUGGUUCAAUAAUUCAGGAAACAGAGGCAUAUAAUAACUCAAAGCUAUGUUAUUUAUUGUAUGUCAUCAUAUUCUACCAAGGCCCAGACAGUAUUACUGGGAGUGUGUGCUAACAUGGUUGAUGCUAAUAUACUCAAUGUGGUUGGUGAGUUAGCUUUAUGCUUAACGUGCCAAUAGCACCAUAAACUCAACAACUCUAUAUUGACAUGCUUCACUAUAUGUAUAUAAAUAUCUGUGCUGGAUUUCAGAAAUUGUAUCCUAGUUGACAGCAUGUCCAAAAUUUAAUUAGUAUAACAUGUUUUAAUAAUUGCAAAGAAAAACUUAAAAAAUGGUUAUUAUGCUUUCAGGUUUUGGUACAUGGCACACUACAGCAAUGGUAUUUAACUGUUGGUACGCUACUCAAAGUUGCUGUUACAAGACAUUACAGUUAAUAUUUUUUCGUGUUUGAUUAAUCAGUAAUUUCAUCGCAUUUCCAUCUGUUUUACUUUGAAGGUAAAAGCCUAGGCUUUGAAUGUAACACACCCACACAAACUUAGUUGUGGAUUUGUAUUUUAUUUGUGCAAAUUAUGUUCAAUUUAAAAAGACACAUUUGUGUUGUUCAAAUAAAAAUAAACAUUUGUCAUACUUGUCUACAUUCAUACAGUCCAGCAAUUAUUGACAGUGGUUGUAGCAGCAUAGACUGUAUACAAGAGUGUAACCAAAAUGAUAUAUAGCCAUAUAUCUGUCCCAGGGUUUUUAAGCUCCAGUAAGCAUGUUCAGUGGUUUAGCAGACAGACUGAUCUUUAAAAAAAAAA